UUCACAUACGCACCAGUAAAGUCUGCAUCAUGCCAGAGCCUAAGAAAGCAGGAACAAAAGCAAAAGCCGGAGCGAAGGGGAAGGCGGCAGAGAAGGUUCCGGCCUAUGAAGCUAAUAUUCCGGAGCCCACCACCAGAGCUGAGCUUCUGAAACACUGGCUCCCUCUCACUCUGGAUGACAGGACGGCUCAGAAGAUGCUGUGGAUUUCGGAGGGGAGCACCAAAGUGACCCGCAAGGAGGAUGAGUCUGCGUGCCCUUACCCCAACAGGCCAGAGCGGUUCGAUCACUCACCGCAGGUGCUGUGCAAGGAGGGCCUCCUGGGCAUCCGAGGCUACUGGGAAGUGGAGUCUUCGGGGUGGGUGGUGAUCGGGGUCAUGUACGAGAGCGUGGGGCGCAAGGCCCAGGACGGGGCCACCGGCCUGGGGGAGAACGAGGUGUCCUGGGGGGUGGGCUGGGCCGGCACCUGCUACCACGUCUGGCACAACAGCGAGAACGUGGAGGUGCAGGCGCCCCUCACCCCCGUCAUCGGGGUCUACCUGGACCAGCCCGCCGGGGUGGUCAGCUUCUUCGCCGUGCAGGGGGAGGAGGGGCAGAAGGAGGCCAAGCUGCUCCACAGGUACAAGGUCUCCUUCAAAGAGCGCCUCCUCCCCGGCUUCUGGGUGGGGACAAACUCCUACUGCUGGAUCCAGAAGAGGGCGGAGUGA